GCCCUCCUGCUCGCGUGCGCCCUCCCCGCAGCCGGCUCCGGCCCGCCGUGGGCUCCGGCGGGACUGGGGCGCGUGGCCAAGGCAGGUGCCCCCCGAGGGGCGCGGCGAGAGCGGGUGGCAGGGGGCGCCAGGCGCCAGGCCCGCCGCGCCCCUCACGCGCGAUGUCACUUUUUCUCUUGCAGGCGCUCCAGCUGUGCUGCCUCUGCUGUGCGUCGGUCGCCGCAGCCUUAGCCAGUGAGAGCAGCAGCGGCGGCAGCGGAUUAAACGAUGAUUACGUCUUUGUCACGCCCGUAGAAGUGGACUCGGACGGGUCGUAUAUUUCACACGACAUUUUGCACAACGGCAGGAAAAAGCGGUCUGCGCUGAGUGCCAGCAGCUCCCUGCAUUACCGAUUUUCAGCAUUUGGACAGGAACUACAUUUAGAACUUAAGCCCUCGGCGAUGUUGAGCAGUCACUUUAUUGUCCAGGUACUUGGAAAAGAUGGUGCUUCAGAGACUCGGGAACCCGAGGUGCAGCGAUGUUUCUAUCAGGGAUUUAUCAGAAAUGACAGCUCCUCCUCCGUCGCUGUGUCUACGUGUGCCGGCUUGUCAGGUCUAAUAAGGACACGAAAAAAUGAAUUCCUCAUCUCGCCGUUACCUCAGCUCCUGGCCCAGGAACACAACUACAGCUCACCUGCUGGCCACCAUCCUCACGUACUGUAUAAAAGGACAGCCGAGGAGAAGGUCCAGCGUUGCCUGGGCAACCCGGGCUCCAGCCAGAAUUUUCUUGGUCACCCCCCAAGUCACUCUCCCCACACACCUCAGAGUCAAGAAAGAGAGCAUCGCCAUCGAAGGUUGCAAAAGCAUCAUUUUUGUGGACGACGCAAGAAAUAUGCCCCCAAGCCUCCCCCAGAGGACACCUAUCUCAGGUUUGAUGAAUACGGGGGCGCAGGGCGGCCCAGAAGAUCAGCUGGAAAGUCACAAAAGGGUCUAAACGUGGAAACCCUUGUGGUGGCGGACAAGAAAAUGGUGGAAAAGCACAGCAAGGCAAAUGUCACCACGUACAUUCUCACAGUCAUGAACAUGGUUUCCAGCCUAUUUAAAGAUGGGACCAUUGGGAGUGAUAUAAACAUUGUUGUGGUGAGCCUCAUUCUUCUGGAACAAGAACCUGGAGGAUUAUUGAUCAAUCAUCAUGCAGAUCAGUCUCUGAAUAGUUUUUGUCAGUGGCAGUCUGCCCUCAUUGGAAAGAAUGGCAAGAGGCAUGACCACGCCAUCUUACUCACGGGAUUUGAUAUUUGUUCCUGGAAGAAUGAACCGUGUGACACUCUAGGGUUUGCCCCCAUCAGUGGGAUGUGCAGUAAGUACCGAAGUUGUACCAUCAAUGAGGACACAGGACUUGGCCUGGCCUUCACCAUCGCUCAUGAGUCAGGGCACAAUUUUGGCAUGAUUCACGAUGGAGAAGGCAACCCUUGCAGGAAGGCUGAAGGCAAUAUCAUGUCUCCCACACUGACAGGAAACAAUGGGGUGUUUUCGUGGUCUUCAUGUAGCCGGCAAUAUCUCAAGAAAUUCCUUAGUACACCUCAGGCUGGGUGUCUGGUGGAUGAGCCCAAGCAAACAGGGCAGUAUAAAUAUCCGGACAAACUACCAGGACAGAUUUAUGAUGCUGACACACAGUGCAAGUGGCAAUUUGGAGCAAAAGCCAAGUUAUGCAGCCUCGGUUUUGCGAAGGACAUUUGCAAAUCACUUUGGUGCCACCGAGUGGGCCACAGAUGUGAGACCAAGUUUAUGCCUGCGGCGGAAGGGACCGUUUGUGGCUUGAGUAUGUGGUGUCGGCAAGGCCAGUGUGUAAAGUUUGGGGAGCAUGGGCCCCGGCCCAUCCACGGCCAGUGGUCUGCCUGGUCGAAGUGGUCAGAGUGUUCCCGAACUUGUGGUGGAGGAGUCAAGUAUCAAGAGAGACACUGCAAUAACCCCAAGCCUCAGUAUGGUGGCAAGUUCUGUCCAGGUUCUAGCCGUAUUUAUCAACUGUGCAACAUUAACCCCUGUAGUGAAAAUAGCUUGGAUUUUCGAGCCCAGCAGUGUGCAGAAUAUAAUGGCAAACCUUUCCGUGGAUGGUUCUACCAGUGGAAACCGUAUACGAAAGUGGAAGAGGAAGAUCGAUGUAAACUGUACUGCAAGGCUGAGAACUUUGAAUUUUUUUUUGCAAUGUCUGGCAAAGUGAAAGAUGGGACCCCUUGCUCCCCGCACAAAAAUGACGUCUGCAUCGAUGGGAUUUGUGAACCAGUGGGGUGCGAUCAUGAACUUGGCUCAAAAGCAGUCCUGGAUGCAUGUGGUGUCUGCAAAGGUGAUAAUUCAACUUGCAAGUUUUAUAAAGGCCUGUACCUCAACCAGCACAAAGCGAAUGAAUAUUAUCCAGUUGUCAUCAUUCCAGCGGGGGCCCGAAGCAUUGAAAUCCAGGAACUACAGAUAUCCUCCAGUUACCUCGCAGUCCGAAGCCUCAGUCAAAAGUAUUACCUCACAGGGGGCUGGAGCAUCGACUGGCCUGGGGAGUUCCCCUUUGCUGGGACCGUGUUUGAAUACCAGCGGGCCUUCAACCGCCCGGAACGUCUGUAUGCGCCAGGACCCACAAAUGAGACGCUGGUCUUUGAAAUUCUGAUGCAAGGCAAAAAUCCAGGGAUAGCUUGGAAGUAUGCACUUCCCAAGGUCGUGAAUGGAACUCAGCCAGCCUCAAAAAGACACAUCCACGCCUGGAGUACAGUGCAGUCCGAUUGCUCCGUCUCCUGUGGUGGAGGUUACAUAAGUGUAAAGGCUGUUUGCUUACGAGAUCAGAAUACUCAAGUCAAUUCCUCAUUCUGUAAUGCAAGAACCAAGCCAGCAACUGAACCCAAAAUAUGCAAUGCUUUCUCCUGCCCUGCCUAUUGGAAGCCAGGCGAAUGGAGUGUGUGCAGCAGGUCAUGUGCAGGGGGCCAGCAAAGCCGAAAGAUCCAGUGUGUCCAGAAGAAGCCCUUCCAGAAGGAGGAAGCAGUGUUGCAUUCUCUCUGCCCAGUGAGCACACCUACUCAGGUUCAAGUCUGCAACAACGACGCCUGCCCUCCAGAGUGGAGCCUUGGGCCCUGGUCUCAGUGUUCCAAGACCUGUGGGCGAGGGACGAGGAAACGAGAAAUCCUGUGCAAAAGUUCUGCCGCAGCAGAGGACCUCCCUGAGAGCCUGUGCUCCAGCAUCCCGAGACCAGAGUCCCAGGAGGGCUGUGUCCUAGGACGAUGCCCCAAAAACAACCGGCUGCAGUGGAUCGUCUCUUCGUGGAGUGAGUGUUCUGUGACCUGUGGUUUGGGUGUGAGGAAGAGGGAAAUGAAAUGCAGCGAGAAAGCCUUCCAGGGAAAGCUGAUAACAUUCCCAGAGCGAAGAUGCCGCAAUAUUAAGAAACCAGACCUGAACUUGGAAGAAACCUGCAACCAAGGGGCUUGCCCGGCCCGUCCAGUGUACAAUAUGGCAGCUGGAUGGUAUUCAUCGCCAUGGCAACAGUGCACGGUGACCUGUGGAGGAGGGGUCCAGACCCGAUCGGUCCACUGUGUUCAGCAGGGCCGGCCCUCCUCAAGUUGUCUGCCCCAUCAGAAACCUCCAGUGCUACGAGCCUGUAAUACAAACUUUUGUCCAGCUCCUGAAAAGAGAGAGGAUCCAUCCUGUGUAGAUUUCUUCAGCUGGUGUCAUCUAGUUCCUCAACAUGGUGUCUGCAACCACAAAUUUUAUGGUAAACAGUGCUGCAAGUCAUGCACAAGGAAGAGCUGAUCUUGGUGGCUUCCCCAACACAGCAGGGCCGUGUUUCAGGGCUUUUCGACCUCUAGAGAGACCAGCUGCCUUCCAGAACAAAAGCUGAACACUGCAAAACCACUUGUGAGCUGCCGUGUUCAAGGAGCCAGCUCUGAAGACCAGACUGACUUAUUCAGUUCCCCAAAGCACAUGGUACUCUGAAGCACUUGAAAAUGGGAAGCGAUGACAUAUCUGACUUAACAAAAAAACAAAAACAGAACAACUUUCAUUUGCACUGUUACACGAAAGAAGUGAUGAAUCACACUGAGAUACGUCAAAUUUUAAUUUUGACAAAGCAAGAGUCUUGUCAACUUUGGGACAGAUCCCCCUUUGAACUUCAAAGGGUUCCAUGACAAAGACAUCUGUUUUGAAAAGUUCCUUUAGGACUUCAGGUCAAAGGCUGAGACUUGGAGCAAUCACAUCUGGAUGGAACACGUUGCCUAACUGUUACUUGGAGCUCACAGUUUGAACUGUGGACACCCUAAACCAGGAGUUCUACGAGAAACCAAAUGGUGCUCAUGAUUGUGCUUGCUGCUGGACUAGCAAGCUUCAUGUUAUGUUUAUUUAGUGUGCGUGUGUUGUUUUUAUUAUUUUGUUUAAAGUAUAUUCUGCUUAUAGAGAGUCUCCAAGACUAAAAUUCACGACUUGAAAAGUGUUCCAAGGAAUAUUCUGAAAACAGGACAUCAUGGACUAUUUAAAAUCUCCAUUUAACUGAAAUUCACUUUCUGGAAAAAACACACCAAACUCAUACGAAAGGCAAAUAUUGGCACACUACACAUUAUAUCAACCUCGUAACUUUUGGUGCUAGCUGAAUAAGCACACGGGAGCCUUGAUUCUGCUCUUUGGGAAUCAGAAUUGGUGAGAUGUUCAUUUCUGGUAAAAAUCUAGGAGGAGCUAAAUAGCAGAAAGCAGUGCUUUGAAGGAGAGGAGACCAUCAUUUAUAAGGCUCCCUACAUAUUAUCAGAGCUGCUUGGGAAAUUAAAGGCCACUUGUGGUUUUUUCCUACCAACUUAUGUGUUUAAAUUUGCCUUAGGAUUAAGUUAACAAGAAAAAAGUCCUAGUGGCAAUAGAAAAAUCCAUCUGUCUUCUUGCUAGGUUGAUAUUAAUAAGUCAUAAUAUGCCAAGAUCCUUCAAUGAAUAAGAGUAUUUUAUAAUUUUUCAGAUGAUAUUUUCAGUCUUCAGAAGCCAACUGUUGGUAUGUACUAAUGAUCUUAAAAUUGUUCUCAAUUGGAAAAACACCACACUAUUUUGCCAAAACCGAAGUAACUUAACAAGACUGUGUCAUUCUAUAAUUUUUUGAGAUGUGGUUAAAAAGGGCAUAUUUAUAUAAUUCUACUCUAUUCCUCAAUUUCUUUGAUGAAUGUAACCCGAUUUUACUGCUUUAAAAAGUCUCAAUUCAAACAGGGAUUUGCCAGUUCAGCACAAACAACUGGACAGUGGUUUGUUAAAUUUAGAGCAUCUUUUGUUCCUGUUCUAAUUAAAAUCAUGCAUCCUUGAAUCUCAGAGAAAUAAUGAUUAGAAUAUUUUCUUAAUCUGUGUGGCUUGGCCUAGAGUAGUGGCCAUUUUAUCAUCAGAAGAAAAUAGUUACAUAUCACCACCCUCUUGCCCUCUGAAAAAUUGCAAGUUACUUGUUUCCUUAUAUAAUUAUCAUUAUUUUAUGGAAAAAUUAAUUUAUUAAUUAAUAGCCUAUUAUGUGUUCUCACUUGCUUCUCUGAGUAAGUGAUAUUAAUUCUGAGGGAAAAUGUUGAAUAAAACCAUGGGUUAUAGAGAAAAGUCAAAAUAUAUGUGUAAUAUUUAAUUAUUUUAUAAGUUUUAUAAUAAAGUGCUCUGUUUCCUUAUCUUUGAAGCUUGUUAAGUUCUUGAAUAAAUUAGAAGUCAGUCCUUUCCAAGGUGAUUUAACUGUAUAAAUGUUAAGAAUCUCAGAGUAAUUUCUCAAUGAAAAGUUGAGAAAAAGGUGCGGGGGGAGGGAGAUAAGAUACUCAUUAAUUAAUGAUUUUUCUUGUGUUUGAGAAAAUCAGAAACCAUCAAUGCUGGGAUGAAAUAGAUUACAUUUACCAUCUUAUGAGAUACUGAAUUAUUUUUUCUACUCUCAUGGUCACAUAAACAUUUAUUUAUGGAAAUCAUCCAAGUUAGUAAGCAUAAAUGUGGUUUGUUUUUCAUUCUUUUUCUAUUUGAAAGACAUUCUGAUAAAAUCUUUCUGCAAAAAGAAAGAGUGGAGGGGAAGGAAGGAGGGAUGGAGGAAGAAAAAAUAAAUUAAAAAGCAAUUGUUCUCAGCUUUUCCAAAUUUCAACUCAUCAGACCAGUGGAGAAUAAAAACUAUCUGGGCAAAGUAAGUCCAAUUGACCUGAAUAUACAGUAUUUCUCCCUGCAUAUGUGAUUAUACACAUUCAUAUAUAGGUAUGUAGGUAUAUGUAUAUAUGUGGAU